GAAUGCCCAGCUGGAAUCAGAGGGGGCCCAGAAGGGUCUUCGGCUGCCCACCGCUCGCAAGACGGGCACCACCAUAGCUGGCAUCGUGUACAAGGAUGGUAUUGUGCUGGGGGCAGACACCCGAGCCACUGAAGGGAUGGUGGUUGCCGACAAGAACUGUUCCAAGAUCCAUUUCAUCGCUCCCAACAUCUACUGCUGUGGAGCUGGAACGGCUGCGGACACCGAAAUGACAACUCAAAUGAUCUCUUCCAACAUGGAGCUUCACUCCCUUUCGACUGGCCGACUUCCGAGGGUCGUGACGGCGAACCGGAUGCUCAAGCAAAUGCUUUUCAGGUACCAGGGAUACAUUGGUGCAGCUUUGGUUCUUGGUGGUGUGGACAUCACUGGGCCUCACCUGUACAGCAUUUAUCCUCACGGCUCGACCGACAAGCUGCCUUACGUCACAAUGGGAAGAAGAGGCCAAACAGCUCGUGAGAGACGCUAUUGCAGCCGGCAUCUUUAAUGACCUGGGCUCGGGCAGUAAUAUUGAUAUCUGCGUCAUUAGCAAGAACAAGCUGGACUUCCUCCGUCCGUUCAACACACCCAACAAAAAGGGGGAAAGGCAAGGAAAAUACCGUUGUGAGAAGGGCACGACGGGGGUCCUGUCGGAAAAGGUGAUCCGUCUGGAACUGGAAGUGGCUGAGGAGACGGUGCAGACCAUGGACACGUCCUGAUUCCCCGCUGGAGAGUCCGGGACACGGUUAGGGGACCGAGAGUAUUCCUUUGAAGUCGAAAUCAUUUUUUGAGAAUGUUACAAUUAACCAAACGAAUAAAACAAAUAAUGAGAA